UUGUGGCUGGCUGUCUCCUCCCCUUCCUGAGCUUCGGCUCUAGCCAGCUCCGCUCUGGAAUGACAGGCAUUCCUGUGCGAAGGGAGCUGGCACCGACACCUAUUUAUGAGAAUCAAGUGCCCAGUCAUGGGAGACGAGAGCAGGACCUGUGCUGGACCAUCGGACACCGGAGCUGUGGCCUGAGAGCUGGGAGCCACUUCACUCGCCAGGCUCUUUCCUCAUCCGAGGCAUGGAUUUAUCAUUUUAAAGGAUUGAAGUGUUCUCAGCGUAGACUUUUCCUCUCUCCCCCUCCCGCCUCUUCCUGGAGAGCUGCUCUGAACAGAAUCUCAUGGGGCAGCCACACUUCUCGAGACCGGUAAAUCCAGGUGCUUUUGCCGAAGAGGUGGAUCAUGUCCCAGGUGACGCCAGCAUGGGGGUAGAUGUUUUGGAAUCAGGUGACACCACACCUCCUACAAAGAGGAAAAGCAAGUUCUCAAGCUUUGGCAAGAUUUUCAAACCRUGGAAGUGGAGGAAAAAGAAAAGCAGUGACAAAUUUAAGGAGACUUCAGAAGUUUUAGAACGAAAGAUUUCUAUGCGAAAGCCAAGAGAGGAGCUGGUAAAAAGAGGGGUUCUGUUGGAAGAGCCUGAGCAGGAUGGUGAAGAGCCAGAGAAGCUGAACCUUCCUGCACUGAAGAAUGGCCACACCAUUCCCAUUGGGGGCCCUGGGGUCUGUAACCCACCCAGCCAGGAGGAAGAGGCCACAAAGCCAUCCAGCCUUAGGAAGCCUGUCCCAAUAGAGGAACCAAAGAAGAGGCAGGGCUCCUCCAGCAGCCACCCUGGACCAGAACUGGAACCACCUCAGGAGCCACAUGUUCCCAGACAACCUCUACUUCCUCCAAAAAGACUUCCCUCCACUUCCCAGGAAGCAAACGAAGUGCAGGCAAAGGAUCCAACGCCUGCCAGCAGUACUGCAAGAACUGCCCCCUUCAGCACAGCCCCCACUGCAACAAAGACAGUCAGUUCCACAGCUGCCCCUUCCCCAGCCCCUAGGACUCUGCUCCCUGCUCCUGCCAGUGCCAACACUACUGCUUCCACCAGUGCAACCAGCACAGCUCCUGCCAAACAGCCUCCCGUCCCUCCUCCCAAACCUGUCAACAGAAACAGCAACUCACUGAUAGCUGAACUUUCCCAAGUAAUGACCAGUGGUACAGCCUUGUCCAAGCCUUCUCCUCCUCUCCCCCCAAAGAGAGGCCUCCUGCCUAAUAACACAUCAGAGAUUGUCACCUCCAAGCUCCCAAAUGACAGGACAGUGACAGCGAGUCGACCCGCACCGAUCCCGCUGCAUGUGAGCACAGCUUAUCCACCACCCCCCCCCUCGCCACCGCUGCCCACCCAUGUACCCCCUGAACCUCCACGCGUGGCUCUGCCCACUUCCACCCCUAUCCCGGACCCCCUGCGCUCCCUGGACCUGCCCAAAGAGACUCCGACUCCUCCUCCUGAAGAUUUCAGGUCCAUGGAAGUGUUGAAGAGGACAGCAGAGCAAGGGUUUGGUGAACCCCACGCGCUGCCUCGCCUUCCCCAAAUCCCUCUGCACAUUCGUAUCCAGCAGGCUUUGGCCAGCCCUCUGCCUGUCACUCCGCCUCCUGAGGGGUCCCACAGGGCUCACUCGCUGCUCUUUGAGGACGAUGCCUUUGGAGAAGACAAUGGCACCCUGGGCAGGACGAGGUCCCUGCCUGUCACCAUUGAGAUGCUAAAAGUUCCAGAUGAUGAGGAAGAGGAAGAAGAUGACCAGGAAGAGGAGCAGAAUUCAGGUCCUCGUGUGUAUAUUGGAGAUGUGCCAUCUGUCACAGUCAUCCCCAAACUGGUACCCCAGGUCCUCCCAGAGGAGCAGGAAGGAGAUGAAGGGAUGAGUGACUCUGACUCGGAGGGGCCCAUCCUGUAUAAAGAUGAUGAGGAAGAAGAUGAAAGCCAUAACAGCACGCUGGCCAACAAAGUGAAGAGGAAAGAUACGCUUGCUAUAAAGCUGGGGAACGCAGCUAUGCCACAGGAGAUCAUCUUCCCUCGGAAGAGCAAGGAGGAGUGGAAUGAAAUCCGUCAGCAGAUUGGGACAACGCUGAUCAGGCGACUGAGUCAGAGACCAACUGCGGAAGAACUGGAGCAGAGGAACAUUCUUCAGCCAAAAAAUGAAGCCGACCGUCAAGCUGAGAAGCGCGAGAUCAAGCGCCGGCUCACCAGAAAGCUUAGCCAAAGGCCUACGGUAGCAGAACUGCAGGCCAGGAAGAUCCUGAGGUUUAAUGAGUAUGUGGAAGUAACAGACGCUCAAGACUACGACAGGCGAGCAGAUAAGCCAUGGACAAAGCUGACACCAGCUGACAAGGCGGCCAUCAGGAAGGAGCUGAAUGAAUUUAAGAGCUGUGAAAUGGAAGUGCAUGAGGAGAGCAAGCAGUUCACCAGGUACCAUCGACCGUAAUCUUCCAAGGAGGGAGCAAGAAACCCAGGAGGGCUGGAAGUUCUCUACAUCCUUUUCCGAGGCAAUACAGCGAGGGUGGAACCUCAGCUCUUUGAUGAUUUGCCUUCCAAACAUAUCCAGAAAAGGGCUUUUGGCCAGGGAAGGGGAAUCCUGUCUGAAUGUAGCAUUUCACUGGAACAAACACAUCUCUUGUGCCAUCAGGCUGGAACUGACACUAUACCUCGUGUGGCUCAGCAAUACGACUCUGCCAGAGGACAGUGCCCCGGGGAACAACCCUUCUCUUCCCCAGCUGUACAGACUUGUCUUGGGGCUGCAAUUCCUCAUUUCCUCCUUUCCAUCAGGAAGGGAGAAAAAAAAAAAAGGCAGC